AUGAGGCGGUCAUUGUUUGUUAGUAUCUUACAUGAUAUUCAACAAGUGAAUGAGUACUUUAUUCAAACUCGUGAUGCCACUGGUGCUCCUGGAUUAUCUGGUAUACAGAAGAUGACUGUAGCACUUCGGAUCCUGCAGUACGGCAUGCCCGCUGAUGCUGUAGAAAAGUACAUUAGAAUCGACGAAAGCACUGCAAUUGCCGCCUUGAAUUUUUUUACCAGAUCAAUUGUUGCUACGUAUGAAUCCGUUUACUUAAGAUCUCCAAAUGAAGCAGAUGUCACCAGAUUAUUGCAAGAGGGAGAGCAACGCGGGUUUCUUGGAAUGUCGCCUUUAUUUGCUGAAUUAACUAGAGGACGUGCUCCUACUGCCAACUACACCAUCAAUAAUCACGCGUACACCAUGGGGUAUUAUCUUGCAAAUGGUAUCUAUCCUCGUUGGGCAACAAUUGUGAAAAAAAUAUCUCAACCUCAAGCCGCAAAGAUACAACUAUUUGCGAGGAUACAGGAGGCAUGUCGAAAAGAUGUCGAAAGGGCAUUUGGAAUGCUCCAAGCACGAUUUAAUAUUGUCAGAGUUCUAGCUAGAGGUUGGAGUGAUGAGGAUCUAUACUACAUCAUGAAGACGUGCAUUAUUUUGCACAAUAUGAUCAUUGAAGACAAGCGUGAUAUUGCAGAAAAUGAACGCAGUGCAGCACAACUUCAGACUGAAACCAGUAAUACCCGUUGUCAAGUGUCACGUGAUCUGAAUGAGGAGUAUGCUCAAUUUAUGUUAAAUAGGCAGAGGAUUGGAUCUAUUGAAGGCCAUCAUCAAGAUUUCCUACCCAUCGGCCUUUUACCCCUUGCAGAGACACUGCCCUCACCAAUAGUUGGAUUGUUACUAACCCUUGGACUGGUGUCAUCUUCAAGAGAAAUGCAGUUAUCCAUAGGGGAAUUAGGGGCUGAAUCAGGGAAAAAUAGUGUAAAAUGCUAUUAUGUUUUGCCAUUGGAGCAUCAAAAUUCAACACAGCUGCUAUAUUAUAGCAAUAGCAGCUCCAAUGGAAAACCAUUGGAGAUGCUCUUAGCUGGGUCAAGGGGGGUAGGUGCGGUUGUUGUCUUCUUCCUUUAA